AUGGGAGUUUGUAUAAGUAAAAUUCCAUAACCUCAGCCUGAAAUCACUAUAGAUCCCAUGCCUACAGUUUAACCUUUAAAAGGAAAUUACUCGAUGAGUAGUUUGCCUGCGGAACCAAGAAGAGGGGACAAGAAACGUUAAGCCAAAAUAGAAGUGAUGGAGGAGCAAAUUCAUGAGAAUGUGGUUAAGUAGGCGAAGGAGAAAUCCCCUUUUGAUUUUUAAAUGAUUUUGAAUGCCUUUGGUGAUCACUUUAUGUUUGCCCAGCUUGACAAUGAUGACAAAGCUAAACUAAUUGAUGAGAUGUAUUAUGUUACAGCUAAAAACACAGAUUUCGUAUUUAAACAGGGGGAUAAAGCAACAUUAUUUUUUAUAAUUGAAAGGGGAGAUUGUAAAAUAAUCAUAAAUGAGGAGGUUAAGCGAGUAUUGAAAACUCCAGCGUAUUUUGGGGAAUUGGCCUUAAUGUAUCAUGCACCAAGAUCUGCAUCAGUAUAAGCAAUAGGCGAUUGCGGAUUUUGGGUAUUGGAAAGAAAGAAAUUCAGAAAGGCAGUUGAGGAUAUCCAAUAAAAGGCAUAUGAGACAAAUAGGAAAUUCUUGGAUUAAGUUAAAUUUUUUGACUUUAUGACUGAAGAGUAGAGAGACAGUAUAGCCAAUGUGUUGAUAACAUUAAAAUUUAAGUAGGGAGAGAUAAUUGUCAAUGAGGGAGACAUGGCAAAUUCAUUCUACAUCAUACAGAAAGGAAUAGUCUAAGUCACGAAGUAGGGAUAAUUCUUGAGAUACAUGAACUAGGGGGAUUCCUUUGGAGAGCAAGCCCUUUUUGGUAAUUGUGUAAGAGGAGCAACUGUAAAAGCCAAUGAUGAGGAUGUGAAUUUGUUAUCGUUGAGUAGAGAAGAUAUUACAACUAUUUUGGGAGAGAAGAUUCAGUUGAUCAUUUAUACAAAUAUGCAGAAAUGGGCAUUUGAAAAACACCCUUAAUUAAGGGAUCUGACAAAGAUGUAAAUUUAAAAGAUAGUGUCAAACUUUAAAAUAAAGACAUAUGAAAGUAAAGAAUACUUAUUCUCGAAAAAUUAAAUGAUUGACAAACUCAUUAUUAUUCUUGAUGGUUAAUUAGAGUUUAAUGGACAACUAUUUAACAAUGGUCAAUUGUUUGGAGACACAUUCCUCCAAGUUGAGGAGUCUAAAAGGAAAAUUAGUUCGGAUAUAGUAACUACAAGUAAAACCACAUUGUCUGUGCUUCCUUUUAAGCAAUUCUUUGAGUGUAUUGGAGGAGAAUUGGAAACUGUAGUAAAGAAGAAUAAGGACAGAGCUGGAUCUUCAAGUUUGUUAGAGAAACGAUAAAAAAGCAAUUACUCUCUGCUUACCUUAGAAGACUUCAUUGGAUUAUAGCUUUUAGGGGAAGGCACCUUUGGAAAUGCUUAUUUGGUUAAAGAUAUCCCUCAAUAAAAUUUGCAUGUCAUGAAAUGUGUUCCAAAAGUAAAUAUUAUUGCAAAUAAUACGGAAAGACACAUAAAGAAUGAGAAACAAGCUUUAGAUUUGUUGAAUCAUCCAAGUUUGGUCUGCUUUCAUAGGUCCUUUAAGGAUCAAAAUUACAUAUACUUAUUGACUGAAUAUGUCAAAGGAAAGGAACUAUUUCAUGUUAUUAGAGAUCUAGGUCUUUUGAAUUCAUAUGAAACUCAAUUCUACAUAGCUUAGAUGAUUAAUAUUUUAGAGAAACUCCACUCUUAUCACAUCAUCUACAGAGAUGUAAAACCUGAGAACUUCAUUGUCAUGGAAGAUGGGUAUUUAAAGUUGAUAGAUAUGGGUACUGCCAAAGUGUUAAAAUCUAGAGCUUCUAAGACUUACACUAUUGUUGGCACACCUCAUUACAUGUCUCCUGAAAUAUUGAAAGGCAAAGGUUACACCUUCUCCACAGAUUUGUGGUCUUUGGGCAUCUGCUUUUUCGAAUUGAUGUGCGGAGAAGUGCCCUUUGCUGGCAACGAAGAUGAUGACCCAUACAUAAUCUAAGAAGCCAUUCUGAAUGGGAGAGUAGAGUACCCUUAAUUUUUGAAGGAUUUCAAGGCCAUUAAAUUGAUGGAUCAAUUGAUGAAUAGGACACCUGAGUUAAGAUUGGGGGGAUCUUAUGACGCCCUCAAAGUUCAUACUUGGUUCGAUGGAUUUUAGUGGGAAGACUUAGAAAUGAUGGGAAUUAAACCUCCACACAUUCCCAAACUCUAAUAAUCCAAGUUUGAGGAAAUACCCUUCCUAGAGAUGAUUACACGAGAUACAAGUCCUGAUAUGAUUUGCACAGUCGCUGUCGAUUGGGACUCAGAAUUUUGA